AUGACGGGUGGCACCCAGCGGCCGGAGGGCGUGUUCACUGCAGUGAUUGUCAAAGUGGAGACAGAGGACAUCGCUGCAGAGGACGACUGUCAGAAUAAUGAGCAACAAGUGGAGCUGGAGCUGCGCGAGGAGCAGGAGGAGGAGGAACAACCGCACGAGCAGCAGAACCAGGAGGAGUCAGUCAUCAUGGAGGAGCAGAAGGAGGCUCGCAGCAGCAGCAGGAGCAGCUGUAGCAGCAGCAGCAGCAGCGGCUCAGAGGAGGAGAACAUGUCCUUGUCUCCUCACCUCCCGUCCUCUCCUCCUCCUCCCAUGAUCCAGCUGGGCGCGCAGGUGGCGCACACUAGAACCACCAACUUCUUCAUUGACAACAUCCUGAGGCCGGACUUUGGCUGCGGCCGGAAACAGCAGCAGCAGCAGAGGGAGCAGAGGGAGCCGGCCUUCAGGCUCCACGCGCCGGCCAGGGACAAGGUGAACCCGCUGCGCGUGGCGCGGCCACCGGUGUGCGUUCAGGACAGCAGCAGUGACAGCACCUCCUCCUCCUCCCCCUGCUGCUCCUCCUCCUCCUCCUCGUCCUCUCCUUCGUCCAAACUGAGCGCUGUCAAGCUGCAGGGAGACGCGGUCAGAGACAGAGACAGGGACCGGGACCGGGACCGGGACCGAGACAGGGAUAGGGAUAGGGAUAGGGACCGGGACCGGGACCGGGACAGGGACAAGGACGGAGGAGGAGCCGCGGCUCCGGGCAGCGGCGGUAAAGGAGGCUCCACGGAGAAGGAGAAGGAGAGUCAGCCGCUGCUGUGGCCCGCGUGGGUUUACUGCACGCGCUACUCUGACCGGCCUUCAUCUGGCCCCAGGACACGCAAACUGAAGAAGAAGAAGAGCAGCAAGGAGGACAAGCGUCCGCGCACGGCCUUCACGGCCGAGCAGCUGCAGAGACUGAAGGGCGAGUUCCAGGCCAGUCGCUACAUCACGGAGCAGCGGCGCCAGGCGCUCGCCCAGGAACUCAACCUCAACGAGUCCCAGAUUAAGAUCUGGUUCCAGAACAAGAGAGCCAAGAUUAAAAAGGCCAGCGGCUACAAGAACGGCCUGGCUCUGCACCUCAUGGCACAGGGACUUUACAACCACUCCACCACCACGGUGCAGGAGGACAAGGAGGACAGCGAGUGACCUCUAAUCUCAUCCUAAUCUCAUCCUAAUCUCAUCUGCUGCUGCUGCUGCUGCUGCUGCUGCUGCUGCUGCUGCUGCUGGACCUUUGUACAAACCUGGAACUAAACUGAACUCACGUGGAGUAAAAAAAAACAACAAA